AUGAAAUUGCAAGCUGCUGGAAAGUUUGCUCAACCAAACAAAGCUACUAGUUAUUUCAAAGAUUUGGCAGAUAGGAUAUGGGAGGCCUAUCCUAAAUCGCUCAAAGAGUUUCCUUGGGAGGAAGCUAAAGAUAUGGUUCUUCGCCAAUUGUUCUUUCUUGGAAAAAAGGCUCUCAGGUGGUCCUUCAUUGGGCUGUAUGCUAUAAGCUUUUUAUCGGACAUAUCUCUUGCUAUCUCAAGAGAUAGAGAACUUCUUGUACCAAUUGGCCUGUUUGUUGGUGUAUCAUUGGCAGAUUUCAUAAAGGAAUCCUUGCAAGAGUUUUUGAAAAGUCGCAUAGAGGAUGGAGACCCUAAUACAAAUCUUCUGGGCAUUGGAUCAUUUUUUGUGUUUGUUAAGUUUGUUUCUUUGUGCUUCAAACUGCAAGGUAAGGUGCUUCUUUCGCAUAUUGGCAAUGGUGGACUGAUGCAAGUUCUGUGGUUGGUGAGAAAGUUGCAGCAGACAGAUGAUAUCAAGAAUCAGAACGCACCGUCGACUGAUGCAAGUACUGUGGUUGGUGAGAAAGUUGCAGCAGACAGAUGA